UUUGAAAAAAUAGUUGAAUACUGUUCAAAAUACGGCAGUUUAAUUCCUCUCAGUUUUGUACUGGGUUUCUACGUAAACAUCGUCAUGACGAGAUGGUGGAAUCAAUUCGAAACAAUUCCAUAUCCGGAUAAUUUAGCAAUGCUAAUAAGCGCAAGUGUAAAAGGAAGAACUGAACAUUGUCGAAUAAUUCGAAGAACAUUAGCAAGAUAUGCUUGUUUAAGUUUCACAAGCACAUUAACAUUAAUUUCACCAAAAGUUAAACGAAGAUUUCCAACAUUAAAUCAUAUCACAGAAGCCGGUUUAAUGAUGCCCGAUGAAGAAAAAAUAAUGCGUGAACUUCAAGAAGAAUAUCCAAAUUACCCUAGAUUUUGGUUACCUUUAGCUUGGGCAUCAACUAUAGCAGCUAAAGCUAGAGAAGAAGGAUUAAUUCAAACCGAUCAAUCAUUACAGGCAAUUUUACACGAAAUAAAUACAUUCAGAACAAAAUGUGGGGGGUUAUUAAGCUACGAUUGGAUCAGUAUUCCUCUUGUUUAUACCCAAGUCGUAACAAUAGCAGUUUAUAGUUAUUUUGUAACAUCAGUAAUUGGCCAACAAUAUCUUUAUACAAGCGAUGAAAUUGAUAUUUAUUUCCCCGUUUUGGCUAUUUUAGAAUUUUUCUUUUAUAUGGGUUGGUUGAGAGUUGCAGAAACUUUAAUAAACCCAUUCGGGGAAGACGAUGAUGAUUUCGACGUAGUUACAAUGAUCGAUAGACAUUUACAAGUUAGUUAUUUAAUCGUAGAUAAAAUUCACGAAGAACAUCCAAAAUUAAUGCAAGAUCAAUAUUGGAAUAGUUCAGUUCCGAGACAUUUACCAUACACAAUUGGUUCGGAAAAAUAUAUUGAAGAUAUUCCUAACCACUCAACUGAUAAAAUGACUGUUACUAAAGAUGAAGCUGAAGUUUUACCACCUGGUGGUAAACGAUCAAAAUCUGAUUCGUUUAAAAGAAAUCAACCAUCUCUUAUUAGAAGAUUAUUAAGAGGACAAUCACCAUCAAAUGACGAUGAUAAAGAUAAAAGUAUUAUUGCAUUGACUUCGAUAGAUGUUCCGGAUAAUAAACCUUCAUCGCCAAUUUCUUCAUCGAAUAUUUCAACGUCAACGAAAACACAAUUAGAAGAAGAGGAUCGACCGGAAACGAUUGAUUUUGAAAAAUUAAAAAAUUUGAGACAACUGCUUUUAAAGCAAAAAGUCGUUAAAUAUAUGGAAUUGAUGAAGGAACAUACAAAUGAAGAGGAAGGAAAGAUUCUUGAUGAAAUUUUACACAUAAGGGAAGAUGGAGAUAAUAAAAUGCAUUCAUGACUUAAAUGUUAAUAUAAUUUCUUUAUUAAAUAAGAUACUAUUAAUUAAAAUUAA